AGGGGGGGGGGGGGUCUGUGAGAAUCCUAACUGCGUGGCUGUUGGAUUAAGAAGCUGCAGCAUCAGAAAGGGUUUAAUCUAAGAGAAGCAACAGCAGCGAGAGACCUAGUGUCAGUCCUUUUAUUUUGACUGCAAGUACGUCUGGGCAACAAGGAUACGUAUAAGGAUAUAAUAACAAAAGGAAACCAGAGCUUCUUUGACUGGAGCAGAGAGAUAAAUAAACCAUUGUAGUAUCUGCUGCAGACACCAAACACAGCCAUUAUGACCCAGGGCAAGCUUUCAGUCGCGAACAAGGCUGCUGAAGCAGGAGAGAAGCAGUAUGGCACUUCAAGUGGAGAAGCAGGAGGGCCACCAGCCCCUCCCACCUAUGAGGAGGCCACUGGCACAAGUGAGAAAGCGGGCCUCAGCGGCAGCCCCUGUUACAGCGGGACUUAUCCUGGUGACGGGGAGAUGCUAACAGAAUUCAGCUGGAGUGAUAAAAACAUCCGGCGGAUCUUUAUCCGCAAGGUUUACUCCAUCUUGAUGAUCCAACUUCUUGUCACUCUUUCUAUAGUGGCUCUCUUCACAUUCUGUGAACCAGUGAAGAACUACAUUCAGUCCAACCCUGGAUGGUACUGGGCUUCUUAUGCUGUAUUCUUUGUCACAUACAUUACACUCGUCUGCUGUCCUGGACCAAGGAGACAGUUUCCAUGGAAUCUGAUCCUGCUCGCCGUCUUUACCCUCUCUCUCUCCUAUAUGACAGGGAUGCUAUCCAGUUAUUACAACACCAAGUCAGUGGUGAUGUGCCUGGGCAUUACUGCUAUGGUCUGUCUGACCGUCACUCUCGUCAGCUUCCAAACUAAGUUUGACGUGACCUCAUGCCAAGGCGUAUUGUUUACCUUCUGCAUGGUCAUGAUGGUGUCUGGACUGGUCUUGGCCAUCGCCCUGCCCUACGGAUAUGUGCCCUGGGUGCAUGGUGUCUAUGGCGCCUUGGGAGCGUUACUGUUUACCAUGUUUUUGGCGUUUGACACACAGCUACUGAUGGGGAACAAGCGCUACACAAUAAGUCCAGAGGAAUACGUCUUUGCCACUCUCAACAUCUACCUAGAUAUUAUCUACAUCUUCUCCUUCUUCCUGUCCCUGUUCGGAACAGAGAGGACAAACUGAAUCCACAUCCAGGCCAGCAUCGCAGAUCACCAUCUACACAGGAUCUGUAUUCAUAGUCUCAAACUGCAUUUACACAUGUAGACAAAUUCAGAGAAUUUUUUCACUAAUUGCUAUUUUGACCAAUCAGAUCAGCUCUAAAAAAAUGUCUGAUGUGAAAAGAUUAGAUGUGAUUGGUCAAAAUACCAAUUAGUGGAGAAAAUAUCUUAAUUGGGCUGCAGCCUCAGAGUAGUAGUGUUGAUCUAGGAUUUGCCAUUUAGAUCAUAGUAUUAUAUACAGGGGGAUCUGAUCCUAGAUCAGCACUAUCAGCUAUAAAUGCAGGCUCUGAUCUCACCAUCAUUAUGUACUGUACACAACCCAUUGAUCCUUGAUCCACCACCUCCUCCCACAGUCUCUGAACCUCUAGCAUUAUAUGGACCUAUAGUACUGUACCAGUAUUGAGUUUUUUAGCUUGUCUGUUAAGCUGUUGAUCUCAGCACUAAUGUACAGCAGUUUUCACCCAUAGGGUCACAUAUCAAUAGAUUUACAUUGUUCACAGUAGACAGAUGUGAAAGAAAAAAUAACACGCAAAAAUACUGAGUCUAAAAUCUAUAUCUGACCAUAGGUGUUUGUGUCAUGCAGAUGUGAAGUCCUUGUGUUCUCCUAUCUUUUAACAACAACAGUCAUCUAUGACACUGCUCUAAAGGAGAUCCCCUCUUACCACUCCUGAACACAUGAAUAUCAGAAUCACCUUUAUUUCGCCAACUACAUUUAACUACACCCGGGAUUUGAUUCAGUAAAAUGGUGGUGAAAAGGCUCCUUUCCGAUUGGCUUGAAGGGCAUUCUGGAGUGUGCAUUAUUUCCCGAUAAUGCUCAGUAUAUUUGCAUGGUAGAAUUCAAUGGCUAUAUUUCAUUUUACAUGUUUUGUUUGAGCUGCUUUUUAAAGCAAAAGUCGAAAUGAAAACAGUAUUGCUAUUUUUUUAUUUGAUUUUCAUAAUAACUAGUACUAAUGGUUUGAGCGUUCUCUGGCACUCCAGGAUGGAAAGCAGUUUGAGUCUUUGUGUGUCAAAAAAGAUACACGUCAAAUAACACUAUUUGAUGUGUCAAAUAAUACUAUUGCAUUGGUGUUAGCUAGGUACCAAGCUAAAGCUAGCUAGCUACCCCAGAAGUUGCUAAUAACAGCUGCAUCAAAGAUAUUUGCAAACAUUUUUGAUCCUGCUCUUUUGAUCCUGAUCUAAUUUCAAAUGCUCACAGAGACGUUUUCCCAUUCGGUCGAACAAAUAAUGACUUAUUACCAACACAGUAUUGUACAGCUUUGACAGUGAUCGUAAUGGUGGUGCUUGGCUUGCACGUGCAAAUUCAGCACACACAACAUUCCAUAAUGGAAUUGUGUUAUUUGACGUAUCAAAUUAAAAGCUUAUUUGAACGUGUAUAUUUUUUGACACAUAAAGACCCAAACGGCGUUCCAUACUCCAGAGUGAAUUUACAAACGCACCCUACAUCCGUGUUUUUAAAUUUACAUUUAACCUUUAUUUAACUAAGCAAGUUAGUUAAGAAGAAAUUCUUAUUUACAAUGACGGCAUACCCUGGCCAAACCCAGACAACGCUGAGCCAAUUGUGCGCCGCCCAAUGGGACUCCCAAUCACGGCCAGAUGUCAUACAGCCUGGAUACUGGUACUCAAAGCUCUUUACAUAGUAGAGAGGAACCAGGGACUGUCGUGACACCUCUUACACUGAGAUCCAUUGCCUUAUACCUGUGCGCCAGUUGGGAGCCCCUCGAGUACAGAUGUAGGAUCUUAAUUUGAUCACCUUGUUGCAGGAGAACUUUCCGGCAAUGCAGAAAAUGUAAAACUUGUAGUGUGUUUGAGUUUUAAAAUGUAUUUGGGAGUUUGUCCUUUGAAAAUGGAUCAACCCCUACAGAAAUGUCCAUUAAUUAUAAUCCACAUAAUAAUUCACAUUUCCUGUUGCUGCAGGAUUCUUUUCCUGCUGCAGCAAACUGGCUCAAAUUAAGAUCCUACAUCUAUAAAUGGCACCUGUGCACAGUGUGUCUGUGGUUUGUUGUUUCUCUAAUGCCUGUCCUCCGGUCUGUCAGCUCUGAGCCUACUGGUUGAAAUCUCAAACGAACAUAAGAUCCAGAGUAUGCAGGCAAUUGAAUCCAAUUCUGAAUAAAUGUGCAUGUGGGCUAAUUGCUUGGCUUUCCAUGGCUGCUUUAAAUCAAGUUGCACUUAAACUGGAGAUGCAAUCCUGUCUAUAUGAUGAGCCAUAGUCCAAUGAUGUCCAAUGAUGUCAGUAGGGGUUUCACCACUCAACCCUGGUUGGCUGCUAUGAAGUUCUAAUUUAUUUAUACAUGGUCUAAACCAAUGACUUCAUACCCAUUCUUUGCUGAGCAUGUUUUGGGGGUCAAUCUGGACAACUUUUAAAAUGUAGGGUUGUGGUAAAUGUAUUUGCUCCAGAUGUUAUAAGUUCAUGACUGAACUUUGUGGUUGUUACUGUUUUUAUAGAGACCAAAAGAGUUGAUAUAUUUUGUAAAAUCAAAAAAUGUUAAUUAUUGUAAAAGUUAAUAGUUUUGAAUAUUGUAACUAAAAAUAGUUAAUCAUGCUUGCAACAUGCCUGAUGUGUACAUGACAAAAAUAAUAGCACAUUCUAUUCGACCUGAAAAAUAGGAAACAUACAGUACCAGUCAAAAGUUUGGACACACCUACACAUUCAAGAGUUGUUCUUUAUUUUACUCUUUUCUACACUGUAGAAUAAUUGUGAAGACAUCAAAACUCUGAAAUAACACAUAUGGAAUCAUGUAGAACCCAAAAAAGUGUUCAACAAAUCAAAAUAUAUUUUUGAUUUUAGAUUCUUCAAAGUAGCCACCCUUUGCCUUGAUGACAACUUUGCACACUCUUGGCAUUAUCUCAACCAGCUUCACCUGGAAUGAUUUUUCAACAUUAUAGAAGGAGUUCCCACAUGUGCUGAGCACUUGUUGGCUGCUUUUCCUCCACUGCGGUCCAACUCAUUCCAAACCAUCUCAAUUGGGUUGAGGUCGGGUGAUUGUGGAGGCCAGGUCAUCUGAUGCAGUACUCCAUCACUCUCCUUCUUGUUAAAAUAGCCCUUACACAGCCUGGAGCUGUGUUGGGUCAUUGUCCUGUUAAAAAACAAAUUAUAUACCCCCUAAGGGCAAACCAGAUGGGAUGGUGUAUCGCUGCAGAAUGGUUGGUUUUGCAGCAAUUCGACCAUGAAGGCCUGAUUCACGCAGUCUCCUCUGAACAGUCGAUGUUGAGAUGUGUCUGUUACUUGAACUCUGUUAAGCAUUUAUUUGAGCUGCAAUCUGAGGUGCAGUUAACUUUUACCAAAUAGGGCUAUCUUUUGUAUACCACCCCUACCUUGUCACAACACAACUGAUUGGCUCAAACGCAUUAAGAAGGAAAGAAAUUCCACAAAUUAACUUUUUACAAGGCACACCUGUUAAUUGAAAUGUAUGAGGUGACUACCUCAUGAAGCUGGUUGAGAGAAUGCCAAGCGUGUGCAAAGCUGUCAUCAAGGUGAAGGGUGGCUACUUUGAAGAAUCUCAAAUAUAACAUAUAUUUUGAUUUGUUUAACACUUUUUUGGUUACUACAUGAUUCCAUAUGUGUUAUUUCAUAGUUUUGAUGUCUUCACUAUUAUGCUACAAUAUAGAAAAUAGUAAAAAAUUAAGAAAAACCCUGGAAUUAGUAGGUGUGUCCAAACUUUGACAGGUACUGUAUUUUCUUACAUAACACCCUGAAUGGUUCAUAUGUGUAUGAAAUUUGUGGCCUUGGAAUAGUAUUAUCUGAACAAAUUGUAAUGAAUUUGCAGGUGUAAAUAUGCGCCUCUUGGCUAAAUGCAUUGAGUGUUAUUCAAUAUGAAUGUGUUAGGAAAAUAAUUUGUAUUUACAAUUCUUGCUGUACAUAAUACAUAUUUAUUUAUUAGAACGGGAAUGUGAAUGUUUAUUGCAUUUACCUCUAAAAUAAAAUUUAAAAAAUGGA